AUGAGCUCGCGUCGAUCGGCACGCGCUUCCGCCGCAAGCCGGCAGAGCUACCGCGAAGACUCGGACGACGACGAUGAUGCGGCGCCUGACGACCUGACCGAAGACGAGUACGAACAGCACGACGGCGCUGCCAGCGCAGAAGACGAUGAACCCGAGCCCGAACCUUCCGACUCCGACGAACAGCGAGACGACCCUUCCAGCCGCAGCGCCAAGCGCCGCAAGACCGCCAGCAAGCAGACAGAAUGGGCACCCGGGGUGACUCGCGUCGUCGCCAAACUCGUCGGCGCGCCCACCACCGCUCACGUAGCCAAGGGCGAACUCAGCCCCAACGUACUGCGCUUCCUCUCGGAUCUGGCGGCCAACAACGAUCGUGAUUGGUUCGCCCGUCAUGACGCCGUGUAUCGAUACUGCUGGGCCAACUUUGGCGACUUUGCAUCGGCGGUCCUCGACGACAUCAUGACGCACGUCGAUCCCACUGUUCCCUGGCUGCCCACAAAGGAUCUAGUAUACCGCAUCUACCGCGACGUGCGCUUCUCGAAUGACAAGACUCCGUACAA